ACAGCCUGCCAAAAACAGGAAAAACUUGUUUUUUGGCAGCAAACCGAUGCUUCUUCAGUAAUUUGGCAGAAAAUAUCAGUAUAAAUACUUGUUUAUGCAGUCGAUUAGUGUCUCUUUCCUUGGCAAAAUUUAAGUGCCGAGUGUGUUGCCACCACUAUCAUCAAUCUUUACAUUAAAGGUUCUUCAUUGGAUCUGAAGCUAAAAACGCUUUCCUAGAAAGCGGAAAGCAGGAAGCAGGAAGCUGUUCUUUAUUUUUAAGCUCCUAUAAAUUCAAAACAAGCUCUACCCUCUUCCUGGAAUCGAUAAACAAAUGAUGGGUCGGUUUUGCUUUUCGAGGGUUCUUCUUCUUUCUGUGCUUCUGGCUCUCUUCUUCUCUCAUGGAUUUGGUAGACUCCUGAUGGAGACUGCUGAGUUUGAAGAUUCCACUGUUGAAUUCGAGGAAGCUGAAAUUGGAGGUGAAACAAGAGAGUUAAUUGAGCUGAUGGAUUACAAACCAACUGGGCCAAACACUAAUCCAAAAACUGGAUACAUCUUCAGCCCUCCUUCACUAGGCUAAUUGAGAUUAGUCUAAUAAAAUUGUGGUGAUUUCUAUGUUUUUGUUUUCAUAAAAUUUAAGUUUUCUGUAAUAUAGUGAUUUGGAGGAAGCCUAAAUUUUCGUAUUCAUGUUGGUUUGUGUUCUUUCUCAAACUUUAAUAUGUGGAAAAUAUGUUGGAAACUUUGGUUCUCUUCACUUGUAACAAGUGAAUUUCUAUAUAAAUAAUGUUGAAGUUGAUCUUCA